AUGUAUCCGGUUAUCGAACAGUUCCAACGAUUGAGUUCCAUUUCCAUUGAUGAUAUGGAAAUUACGAAUUCAAUUCAUGGGUCAGUUGAAUUGCAACAAAAUGUUAACAGUAUGUCGCAUAACCAAAAAGAUAUCACAACCCAGUCACCCACAAUACCAAAUUAUAAUGAUAACAAAUUAAUGGAAUCUAUCAGUAAUGCAAGAAUUUAUGUAUAUCGCGGAGAGAAAAUUGCUGGUUUCGAAUUACAGGGAAUUCGAAUGAUAUGCUUGCCACAGGCAUAUGAAAUGUUUCUAAAAAAUGUUAUUAGUGGCCUUCACACUGUUCAUACCAAACUGAAACGUCUUCAAAUCCGGCUUGUUAUUUGUAAUGUUGAACAGGUUCGAGCAUUACGAAAUUUGGGUGCUAUCCAGAAAGCUGUUAAUCGUUGUAAAUUAAUUUCUUGUAAUGAUUUUGAUCAAUUAUACAAUGACUGUUAUAAAAUUCAGCAUCGAUCGGGUCGCCUAACAAAGCGUCCUGCAGAAUGUGAAAAUACAUCGAAUGAUAAGAGUAAAAAGCAGAAAUACACUUCAGAUAGAAUACUGAUACCAUUUACAACAAAGCAACAAAUUCGACAACUGAUGGCUACUGUUACUACAGCAAUUACUUCCCAAUCACUGCAAUCAAAAGAAAAUACAAUUGAUACAACUUUUCCUGACCACAAAUCAGAUUCCAGUAUUUCAUUACCAUCGAUACCGUUGAAUUUGACUAAAAAUGUUGACAAUCAUCAAAAUGAGAGUGACAGCAACAACGCAUCAGAGAAAGGAAUUUCAAGUCAUAAUUCCAAAUUCAUUCAAAUUUGUUCACGAAGCAAAUGCAUCAAUCAGGAUGAAUCAACCGAAGAUACAAAUAUUUUACAAGUUAUGCUCAGUAAAUUAAUCACGUUAAUCGAAAUGGCAAUGGUGAAUUUAAAAACGGAACGUGAACUGGUUGAGAAUGAGAAAUCACUCCUAUGCAAAGUGCAACGAGAUCUUGAAUACAAACAAAGUGAAUAUGAUAAAAUACAACGAGAAUUAUCCAUGGAACAACAAAAAAUCAAGAAUUAUUUUCGACGUUACUGCAAAGCAAAACGUGAAUCACUAAAACUGAAGGAGAAAUUAAUCAACUUAAGCGACAGUAUAAGCACGAAGACAAAGCUCGAAUAA